AUGCCUGGAAUAUAUGUACGAAAGGCUAGCUGGAUUGAUUGGACCCAAAAGGAAGAAAAUCCAGCUUUAAUUGUACCUGGUUCAUAUUGGUUAUGUCAUAAAACCAAGAUAUACAAAUUUAUUUUUAGUUAUCACCGUACAAGCAGAAAUAUAAAGCAUUUUAAUUUUGGAAGAGAAUUAAUGAAAAUUAUUAGAAGAAUUAUAAAAGAUCAACCUCCCCAGAAUCAACAAUUUGGUACAAAUCAUCUUUUAGUCACUUUCCAUCAUGCGUCAUGGACUAGACAAGAUAAAAUAUUUGCAAUGUUGAAGUUUAAAGAACGACCAGUUAUAGCAUUUUCUCACGCAUUUAUAUUAACUAUAAAAGUGAUUAAUCCUACACAGAAUUCAGACAAUACAAUUUCUCGAGAUCAUUCUUUGAUCUAUCGAAAUGAAAAUUCAAAUGACACACAUAAAUCUGAAAAUAAAAUUGAACAAGAAAAUGAAAAAUGUUUAUUGCAUUCUUCUAAAAAUGAUUAUUCGAAGACAAAUAAACAGUGUGAUAAUGUACAAGAACAAAUUUUAAAAUAUGAAAGUAAAAGUAUUCAAUUAAAUAAUAAUAAUAUGGAGACUAAUUUUAAAGAAUUAUCAUUAAGUGAAGAAUUGGCGGAACAACCAUCAAAUGACAAUGAAGAUAAAUUUAAAUUUUGUAAAAAUACAAAUAUGUCAUUUAAAGUACACAUGUCACCUAAACAUAGUAAACAGUUAAAUGAUAAAAUGGAACAAAGCAAUGUUAACUGUGUACAGAAUCAAGAUAUUGGACAUCAAUUAUCAGAUGACAGGAUAGAUUUAAAUAAAUAUAAUAUUGAAAAAAACAAAAAUAAUUCUAUAUCGAAUUCUAUAUCGAAUAAUAGUAAAAUGUUAAAUAGUAACAGUGUUAUUGAUGAUGCUAAUACAGAUUCUGCCAAUUUACCAUAUCAGUAUUUGAUAGAAAAAGAAAUAGAAAAUGCAAAGCGGAAUACAUUAGAAGAAGUAAAUGAGAAAGAUACUACAAAUUAUACAGAAAUUACCAAAAUAGAUCCACCUUGUUCUAAGAAAAAAAAGAGUACGUUAGAUAUACCACGAUCUUCUGAUAUUACGGAUUUAGUAAUGGAAGGUUUAAUGUUCACAAUUCGUCAGGGUCAAGAUGCUAUAGCAGUUAUAGAACAAAAAACUAAAUUGGAGGUAGAUGAAGUAUUAGAAAAUUCUGAAAAAAUUGAGACAGAGGAAGGUGAAAAGUGCUUGCGGAAUUCUAGUUUACUUGGUUUAGAAAAUUUAGUAACGAUGAUUGAAUUACCAAAAAGAAACGAAUUUAAAAGUGAACAUCAAAACGUAAUUAGUCAAAAAUCUACUUUAGGAAAUCAAUCUAUGAGUAAAUCCUUAUUUAAUAAUGUGAAACAUCCCCUAACAAAUAAUGAAAUUAGAGAAAAAAACUUUACAUGUGGAUUAGAAUACUCUUUUAAUAAUUCUAUUUCAGCUAGUAGUAGUUAUAAAAAUAAUAAUAGUAGCUUAAGCAUUACAAACAAACGUCGCUAUUCUGACAUACAUGAUAAAUGUGAAGAGCAUAUAAAAGUUGUAAAAAAUAAAUAUUUGAAGUAUGAAGAAGAAGAAAAAAAAGAGGACAACAAUAACAAUGAAGAUGAUGAUGAAGAAGAAGAAGAAGAAGAAGAAGAAGAAGAAGAAGAAGAAGAAGAAUACGAAGAAGACGAAAACGAAGAUAUAGUACCAGAAGCAUUACAAAAUGAAACAUUAUUAUCUAUAUUACCUUUUGAGUCUGAAGAUGAAUUAAAUUCAAUGCCAAACAAAGAUUUAUUAAUGGAUGAUGUUGAUAAUGAAGAUUCAAUAAAAUUUGAAAUAGGCAAGAAUGAACUUAAGCCUAAUUUUAAUGACAGUUUACACCUUAAAAGAUACUCAAAAAGAUACUCAGAUUAUAAUUCAAUAUAUACAAAGUUCUUUACAGAUAAAGCACAAAAAUUGCAUAAAAAUACAAUAUGUGAAUCUAAAUUUAAUGAUACAAACAAGUAUAAAUCAAAUGCUCCAGUAAUUAUUUCAAAUCAAAUUAUUACUCUAAACGAAAUGCCUUUGCCACUACAGAAAAUACUCAGAAAUAAAUUAUCGACAAAACAAAAUAAGAUAAAUAAAGAUAAUAUUGAGGUUUACAAAACACAAGCAUGUCAAAAUGAAAAUAAUGCUUUUAAUGCACAAUUAGGAAAUCAAAUUUCAGAUAAUAUAUUAACAUUAUCAAAAGAUGAUGAAAAAUCUAUACAAAGUAAUAGAGAAACAUGUAAUGAAAAUACAUUAAAAACAGAAGAGAAAUGUUCUAUAAGUUCUCAAGAAGUCAUAAAACUAACAGAGAAAAAAUCACAAAGACAAAAUGAUUGUAUCGAUAAACCAAAAUUGUCUUCGACUAAAAUAAAGGACAUUACACAAGAAUUUUAUAAAAAUCUUUCAUAUUUGAAGACAGAAAAUUUAAGAAAUCACAAGUACCUAAGAUCAAGAAAGAUAUCAUUGAAUUAUACUAAUAAUGGUGAAACGCAUAUACAAAUGCUCAAAUUUUUUCAAGAUAUUACAAGAGGUGCCAAGGUUGUUGUAACACGUAUAAAUUUACCCAUUAUUGAUGACGUUGUAUUUCAGUUUAAAAUGAUGUUAUUUUGUACUAAUUUGAGGGGAAAACAUCAUUCAAAUGAUCGAGAACAAGCGAAUUUGUGUUGGUGUACAUUAAUACUUCCAGCGCCAUCAAGUAGUACGUAAUUGUAACUUUAUGUUCCAAAAAAUUUAAACAGAAAUUUAACUUAACCCGAUUUAUUCGAUAAAUUUGUAAUUUAUAAUUUCGUUAUACAUGCUUAUUUUAUUAUCUUUGAUUUAUCUUUCUAUACAAAAAAUACUCUCCGAAUGAUAAACAUAUGUAAUUAUUUAAAUUACAUAUAUUCGUGUUACAUCCAUUUUCAAGUAUUUUUUUAAAAAUUCGAUUUAAAUAAGCAUUCACUUAAUAACAUUUGGACGUAUGAUAAUUUUAAUGAAUAGCAAUAUGAUGUUUUUAAAUAAAUUAUAAUAUUUGAAAAAUGCAUUUUCUGAGCUACAAAAGAGAUGAAUAAAAUUAAGAUACGAAUAUAAUAAACAUAAUAUUAUUGAUCUAAUAUAAUAAAGAUACAUAAAAAAGAUGCUAUUACUGUGUAAAAAAAAAUCAGAAUAUAUAUGUAGCUUCUUUUAAAAUAUAUAAAAAAGUUAUACAAAGUAUUAAUACAUCAUAUCGUAUAAAUAAUUAAUUCAAAGUUAAAAAUGUUGAAAGUCAAAGAAUUAAUUUGUAACAAAAUAUUUAAAUUUAAAGUUACGUAUUUAAAAUUACGUUAAGAGUUGCUGAGUUGGCGAUGAAAUAA